UCUUAAACCCAGAUGUACGGCAGCAGAAUUGCUCUCCUGUCCGAUCCAGAUGUUGUGAGACCAGCAGCACCUCCACCUGCUGCAGUGAUGCCAUCAGUAAUAUGAUUUUGAUCCCUGGAGCCCCACCCCCUGAGUGGCUCAUGAAUAAAGGAUGAAAGUGUGCUUUUAUGUCAUGACUCAAUGAGGUUCUGGUCAGAUUCUGUCACAGACGAUGAUCUAAAUUAUUCUGACGUUUCCUGGAUCCAGAAUUGGGUCUUCUCAGCUCCCUGAAUCUGGUUCUAGCUUCCUCAGAUCAGCCUUUUCAGGCUCCUGGAGAACUUGGCCCGGUUCUGGAUUCCUCGGAUCAGCCUCUGACCUACAUGCGGUGCGGUCCAGGACACCAGCAGUGUUGUCAUCCUAUAACUCGUAAAUGGGUCAGCCAGCAGAGUGCUUCCUAAAGCCCAGAGGGACCAAAGGAACCUGGUCACCUGGUAUAACCCGACCCAUUUUGGUCCAACUGGACCAGAAGAACCGGGACUACGGUCUCAUUGGUCUGAUUCACUGGAGUUUGUAGUUCGGCUGAUUUGGACCUUUGUUCUGCUGACUGGAUGACAGUCAUGUGUGUCUCUCCUGUCUGGUUCUGGUCUUAGAUGGAGAAGGUCGGAUUCACCAGAACCCCCAUGAGGGUGUGGUUCUGAUGUGAGCCACAGAACUACUUCACUGGGAGUUGGUUUCCAGCAGGAAUCAGAAACUCUGGAUGCUCCCACACGAGACUCGCAUGACCUGCAGGCUUGGUUCUGUCUGUCAGAGACUCACCAGGAAGUGGAACAAAUGAUCUGAUCCGAGAUCAGUUUCAGACAAAACCACAGGCUCCUCUGAGCUGCGCUCUGAUUGGCUGGCCCGACACAUACUUCCUGUCAGGAAGACACUCGGUCUGUUGAGAAAUGACAGCAUGACGAUGGAUCAGAGUCAUCUAGUUCGGGUUUAGACAAUGACUCUGUUAGGCCACAACUGUCUGCCCGGUUCUGCUGAUUCCAGGAACAAUCCCGUUGGUUCUGGACCAUGAGUAGAACCGGAAACAUUCCACACGGCUGUGAGGGCCCGGUUCAGCCCAGUCAGUACCUAUGGCACCAUUGCGCAACAUCCUGGAGGAUGUUUGAGCCUCAGCUCGUUCCUAACAAACCCAUGGAUCGGUACCAGUGGGAAACCAUGACCCAGAUGACAGUUCAAGAUGUAGACCAGAACCUGGUCCUUCCCCAGCUGUUUGGCCUUCUGAGGUCUAGGACUCUACCACAUCCUCAGAACCAGAACCUGGCCCAGCCUCCAGAAAGCCCAGACCGACCCAGAUCCUUGCAUAGGUUCUUCAGGUCCCUAUCUGAGCCUAGUUCUGCUGGUCCGGAGAGGGCGCUGCUCAGGAAGGCGGAAUCAGAUGCAGAGCAGCACCAACCUUCCGUCAGGGGCUUCAUCAGUUCGCUGACUCAUCGGAUCAGCCGAGUUCUGAGGGAUGGACCGGAACCACAGUCGGAUGUUAAAGGUCCUCCAUCUCACCGCUUCUCCUGUGGCCAGAGUCCAUACACAGACGGUGCCACCUGGGAAAGGAAGUUCUGCAUCUUGACAGACAGCCAGCUCAUUCUGAUCAACAGGAACAAUGAGAGUGCAGGAGAACCUCAAGAGGCCCCUGCCAACUCCUCCAGGGCCCAGAGCCUCCGAAGGACCGUCAGCGUUCCUUCUGAGGGACAGUUCCCAGAGUUCCAGCCAGAGGAAGCCGCCAUGCAGGAAGUGUCUUCGGAGCAGUCUCCAAGGAGGAGGAGCAUAUCUGGUCUGGGGAGCUCGGAGAAGAGCAUCUCUGUGGACAAUCCCAGCUCUUCUCCUUUCAAAGUGCCGGGAUUUUUCAGUAAACGUCUCAAAGGCUCCAUCAAGAGGACGAGGAGUCAGACCAAACUAGACCGGAACACCAGCUUCAGACUGCCGUCGCUGCGACCCACCGACACAGACAGAUCUCGCGGGCUUCCCAAGCUGAAGGAGUCCAGCUCCCAUGAAUCCCUCCUGAGUCCGGGCAGCGCUGUGGAGGCUCUAGACCUGAGCAUGGAGGAGGAUGUAUACAUCAAACCUCUCCACAGCAGCGUUCUGGGCCAGGAGUUCUGUUUCGAGGUGACGUAUUCAGGAGGCAGCAAGUGUUUCAGCUGCACGUCUGCCUCAGAGAGAGACAAGUGGAUGGAGAACCUCCGGAGAACCGUCCAGCCCAACAAGGACAACUGCCGGCGGGCGGAGAACCUCCUCCGUCUCUGGAUCAUUGAGGCCAAAGACCUGCCCCCCAAGAAGAAGUACUUCUGUGAGUUGUGUCUGGACGACGUUCUGUACGCUCGCACCACCAGUAAGACUCGACACGACAGCCUGUUCUGGGGCGAGUACUUCGACUUCUCCAGCCUGCCCGCCGUGCGCAGCGUCACCGUGCACAUCUACCGCGACGUGGACAAGAGGAAGAAGAAGGACAAGAACAACUACGUGGGCCUGGUCAACAUCCCAGUGUCCAGCAUUACGGGCCGGCAGUUUGUUGAGAAGUGGUACCCGGUCAGCACUCCAACCGCAAGCAAGACCAAAGGAGGCGGACCAUCGAUCCGGAUCAAGUCCCGCUUCCAGGUCAUCUCCAUCCUGCCCAUGGAGCAGUACAAGGAGUUCGCCGAGUUCGUCACCAACAACUACACCAUGCUGUGCUCGGUUCUAGAGCCUGUCAUCAGCGUCAAGAACAAGGAGGAGAUGGCGUGUGCCCUGGUCCACAUCCUGCAGAGCACGGGCCGGGCCAAGGACUUCCUGACGGACCUGGUGAUGUCAGAGGUGGACCGAUGUGCCGACCAUGAUGUUCUGAUCUUCAGGGAGAACACGCUGGCAACAAAGUCCAUCGAGGAGUAUCUGAAGCUGGUGGGACAGAAGUACCUUCAUGAUGCUCUUGGGGAGUUCAUCAAGGCCCUGUAUGAGUCUGACGAGAACUGUGAGGUGGAUCCUAGCAGAUGCUCCAGCAGUGACCUACCUGAACAUCAGAGUAACCUGAAGAUGUGCUGCGAGCUGGCCCUCUGCAAGAUCAUCAACUCCUACUGCGUGUUUCCUCGGGAGCUGAAGGAGGUGUUUUCAUCCUGGAAGCAGCAGUGUGUGUCCCGUGGCCACCAGCAGGACAUCAGCAAGCGUCUGAUCAGCGCUUCGCUCUUCCUGAGGUUCCUCUGCCCUGCCAUCAUGUCUCCGUCUCUCUUCAGCCUGAUGCAGGAGUAUCCCGACGACCGCACCUCCAGGACGCUCACGCUCAUCGCCAAAGUCAUCCAGAACCUGGCUAACUUCACCAAGUUUGGGAACAAGGAGGAGUACAUGGCCUUCAUGAAUGACUUUCUAGAGCACGAGUGGGCGGCAAUGAUGCGUUUCCUGUCAGAGAUCUCCAACCCAGAAACUCUGUCCAACACGCCGGGAUUCGAGGGUUACAUCGACCUCGGCCGCGAGCUGUCAGUGCUCCACGCCCUGCUGUGGGAGGUGGUGUCCCAUCUGGACAAGGGUGAAAAUUCCUUCCUGCAGGCCACCGUAGCCAAGCUGGGCCCACUGCCGCAGAUUCUGGGAGAUAUUUCUCGUUGCCUGGCUGCUCCGACGCCGGUCCAGCAGCAGCUGCGACGUUUCCAGGACAACGGCUCCACACCCAACAUCAGUGGCAGCGUGUCGUCCGGGCUGCAGCGGAUCUUUGAGGACCCUGUAGACAGCCGGGGUGAGGUCCAGAGCCUCCAGUCUCCGGUCAGCGAUGUCUUGGAGGGCUACUCCCGGAGCCAGCGCCCCCUGCUUGCUCAGCAGCAUCCGUCGGUCCGGAGCAGCAUCUCAGACCAGGAGGGCGGAGAUGUCCUGCUGCCUAACGGCCGCAGCAUCUCUCUGGUAGACCUGCAGGAUUCUCAGAGCCUUCACAACCCUGCUGGGCCACUGCUGCACCAUGAGGCCCCGCCCCGACUCAGCAGGGUGGAUUCCCAGGCCUCCAUGGGGCAUGCUCUUCCCCCAGUGACUUAUGCCCACUCCAACCCCGUCACGCCUCAGCCAGCACCACACCUGGGCAAAGCCCCGCCCAGAGACAAUCAGCCUCAGAGCGCGCCACAGGUGAGACGUCCACUGCACCCGUCCCUCAGCCAGCAACGUAGCCUGCAGCCGCUGUCCUUCCAAAACCCAGUCUACCAUCUCAGUAACCCCGCCCACAGCCUGUCCACACACUCCAGCCACUCACUGCGGAAGGACUCCAGCUCGGAGAACCUGAGCUCCGAGAGCUCGCACAACAGCCACAGCAACUCCGAUGACCUGGGCAGCCAGGUGGGGGGCAAAGGUCAAGCAGUGUCCAACAGCAGCCUGGAUGAGACAGGCAGUAGGCAGAGCGAGGAGUGCUCUACGCCUCGCCGCCACGCACCGCCUGACCUUCCUCUGGGUGUCGCGACUGUAGUCGCCAUCCCCCACCAGAGCACAACAGCGGGCACUGCCCACAUAAUCAAGGUGGAGCAGCAGAGCAGAGGAGGUGGAGCCAGAACGCCACGGUUGCUGCCUCAGAGCACCUCGCUGCACAGCAGCAGCAGUGCCAACACAGAGCCGACGCCCACAAACCGCCAGCAGGCUGCCUGCUUGGCAGAGGAUCAGACUCCGCCCCCCAGGAGCUCCAGCAAGCAGUUCACACAGGCAGGGACACCGAUGGAGGCAGUAGCCAUGUCUCCUGUAGAGCGGACGGCGGCGUGGGUUCUCAGCAACGGACAGUACGAGGAGGAGGAGGAGGAGAGAAGAGAGAGGAGCCAGAAAGAGGGCAGGAACACUGAGAAGUAUGAGCUGGAGAUCUCCCGGCUGACGGAGCGCCUGCGGAUGUCAGGUCGUCGUCUGGAGGAGUACGAACGACGCCUCCUCGUCCAGGAGCAGCAGAUGCAGAAGCUGUUGCUGGAGUACAAGAACCGCCUGGAGGACAGCGAGGAGCGCCUGAGGAGGCAGCAGGAGGAGAAGGAUAGCCAGAUGAAGAGCAUCAUCUGCAGGCUAAUGGCGGUGGAGGAGGAGCUAAAGAGGGACCACGCUGAGAUGCAGGCGGUGAUUGAAGCCAAGCAGAAGAUCAUCGAUGCUCAGGAGAAGCGGAUCGGCUCUCUGGACGCAGCAAACUCUCGCCUGAUGGCGGCGCUGACGCAGGUGAAGGAGCGUUACAGUGCACCUAACAUCCGCAAUGGCCUGCAGCCCAACAACCCCACCAAGCUUUCGAUCACUGAGAAUGGAGAGUUCAAAAACAGCAGCUGCUGACUGACCGUCAGUGAAACGGAGGCGGGGCCUGAUGAGAAACCCCGCCCACCUUUGUAUGAAGUUGUGGAAAUUUAGAGAAACUGAACUGAUUUAUAGAUGAAGAACAUGUAAACAUGAGUGUAAAUACUGAAGUUUGACCUGUACAGUGUGUGUGUGUGUGUGUGUGUGUGUGUGUGUGUGUGUGUGUGUGUGUGCGCGUGCGCACAGCGUUACAGAAGCACAGUGAGAGAAAUGAACCAAAAGCUGAAUCUGAAUUGUUUUCUAAUGACCUUUUUAAGGAUUUUAUUUGAAUCUUCUGGUUUUUCUCACUGACUUAAAAGCUUUUAUUUGCUUUUAUUUUCUCCUUUGACGUUUCUGAUUGGUUGUUUUUUACCUGACGAGUUGUUGUGGGUUUUAAUUUAUUUCUCCUGGCUCUCGUCCUUGUUGCUAAUCUACUGAACAGACCUGGAGGAUGGGGAUUAAAGGUCACGCCUGUCUGCUGUCCCAUGUGGAGAAUAAAAGUCUGAAAGCUCA